UACCUGGCACAUAACACCCACCAGAGAAAACUUAAGUACAAGAUGAAGCUCCUGGCCUUCACAACAUUGUUAGCUACAAUUUGCUAUGUCAGUGCAGGAAAAACUGCAAGGCUGUUAGCGGCUAUCAAUACAAUGAACGCCAUGGGGAUGGGAGUAAACCCAGCCGCUGCGGGCCUGAUAGGCUCAGGCUUAGUGCGUCCCAUUAUAAUCCCAGGAGGAGCAGGGUUCAUUGCGCAGCCCCAGUUUCCUCAGUUUGUGCCCGCUCUACCUGCCUAUGGUGCCCCGCAGGCAGCUAUUAGAAACAUUUACCCUGCACCAGCCCCAGCACAAGCAGCCAAUCAGUUUCCUUAUAUGGGGGUGGCACAAAUGGGACCCAUCACCCCUGCACAACAACUGCUCCCACAGCAAGUCAUGGGUGGUUUCCCAAUGGGCAACAUGCAGCAGCAACAACCACAGCUGUUCCCAGCUCAGCCGGACCAACUCCAACGCUUCAGGCGACAGGUGAUGAUCCCAGACAAUACAGUGGUCCCCCCAGCGGACACUCAGAUUCCGCCUCCAACUGUGGAUCCUCUAAACAUCGCCGUUAAUUAGAAAAACUGAGC